CUUUACGCUUCUCAUUAACAUUCGUCGCUAUUCCAUGAUGCUGAAAGGAUCUCCAGCGCACGGAGCGGAGACGAGCAGUGUUCCUGUGCAUUAAAGGAGGUAUCGACGACUCGCAGGAGGACAGCGCGAGAAGGAGGAGCGGAAGAGACGGUUAAUUUACAUUAUAGCGUUCCUUCACUGCUGGACCUGGAAACCUGGAGCAGGAGCCCUCAUUUUCUAUACAAAAUACACCUGCAGAAAAUUGUCACCAGUGCAUUUUUCCUGACAUCAAGUGUCCGAUAUGUGUCGGCUCUAACAUAGACUAUUAUUGAGAAACAAUGAAUAUCUACAUUUUUGGGUGGUUGUGGGAACCUUUUUUCAUGGAAAUGCCUAAGAUUAUGAAUUUAUCGGUUUUCGUUCUACCUGUUUUAUGGGGUUUGGUGCUUGGUGGCUCUCAAAGUGUACAAAUUGGUGGACUCUUUCCAAGGGGUGCUGAUCAGGAGUACAGUGCAUUUCGGAUAGGAAUGGUUCAAUUCGGCACACCCGAAUUCAGAUUGACGCCCCAUAUUGACAAUCUGGAAGUAGCAAACAGUUUUGCCGUCACCAAUUGUUUCUGUUCCCAGUUCUCAAGAGGAGUUUACGCCAUCUUUGGAUUCUACGACAAGAAGUCGGUCAAUACGAUAACUUCGUUCUGCGGGACUCUCCAUGUGUCAUUUAUCACCCCGAGCUUUCCGCUGGACGGAACUCAGCAGUUCAUCAUCCAGAUGAGACCUGACAUCAAAGGACCCCUACUCAGCCUCAUCGAGUACUACAAGUGGGAUAAGUUUGCCUAUCUCUACGACAGUGAUAGAGGUCUGACCACACUGCAGGUGGUGCUGGACACAGCUGCAGAAAGGAAGUGGCAUGUGACAGCCAUCAACGUGGGCAACCUGAAGGACGAGAGGAAAGACGAGGCCUACCGCUCCCUCUUCCAGGACCUGGAGAACAAGAAGGAGAGACGGGUCAUCCUGGACUGUGAACAGGACAAAGUCAAAGACAUUAUGGAACAGGUUAUCACCAUUGGCAGACAUGUGAAAGGCUACCACUACAUCAUUGCAAAUUUGGGUUUCGUUGAUGGAGACCUCUCCAAAAUCCAAUAUGGAGGAGCCAACGUCUCAGGUUUCCAGAUUGUGGAUUUCGAUGACCCGUUGGUUUCCAAAUUUGACCAGAGGUGGGAGGCUCUGGAGGAGAAGGAGUACCCUGGUGCCGACAGUAAGAUUAGGUACACAUCUGCAUUGACCUACGACGCGGUGCAGGUGAUGACGGAGGCCUUCCGCUACCUGCACAAGCAGCGCAUUGACAUCGCCAGAAAGGGCAACAACGGCGAUUGUCUGGCCAACCCCGCUGUGCCCUGGGCGCAGGGAGUGGAGAUUGAACGAGCGCUCAAACAGGUUCGUGUGGAUGGCCUCACAGGGAAUAUUCAGUUCGAUCAAUAUGGCAAACGAGUAAAUUACUCAGUUAACAUCAUGGAGCUGAAGAAUAAUGGUCCUGUGAAGAUUGGAUAUUGGAACGAAGUUGACAAAAUGGCUGUCACAAAAUCAGACGUGUUUCCGAAUGACACAACAGGAAUGGAAAACAAAACUGUCAUUGUGACCACCAUCUUGGAAGCCCCAUAUGUAAUGCUCAAGAAGAAUGCUGACCUUUUUUUAGACAAUGAAAGAUAUGAGGGCUAUUGUGUAGAUCUGGCUGCUGAGAUAGCCAAGCACUGUGGCUUCAAAUACCAACUGAAAAUUGUAGGGGAUGGAAAAUACGGAGCCCGAGACGCUGAGACCAAGAUCUGGAACGGAAUGGUGGGAGAGCUUGUCUAUGGGAAAGCUGAUAUAGCUGUGGCACCGUUGACCAUCACCCUCGUCCGAGAAGAAGUAAUUGACUUCUCCAAGCCCUUCAUGUCACUGGGUAUCUCCAUCAUGAUCAAGAAACCCCAAAAGUCAAAACCUGGGGUCUUCUCCUUCCUGGACCCUCUGGCCUAUGAAAUAUGGAUGUGUAUCGUGUUUGCCUACAUCGGUGUGAGCGUGGUGCUCUUCCUGGUCAGUCGAUUCAGCCCAUACGAGUGGCACACAGAGGAGUACGAGGAUGGCCAGAUCCAGACUAAUGAGUCUACCAACGAGUUUGGGAUAUUCAACAGUCUCUGGUUCUCCCUCGGCGCCUUCAUGAGACAGGGCUGUGACAUCUCGCCUAGAUCCCUCUCUGGGCGUAUUGUCGGUGGGGUAUGGUGGUUCUUCACCUUGAUCAUCAUCUCCUCCUACACGGCCAAUCUGGCUGCCUUCCUCACUGUUGAGAGGAUGGUGUCGCCCAUAGAGAGUGCUGAGGAUCUGGCGAAGCAGACCGAGAUUGCCUAUGGAACACUGGACUCCGGCAGUACCAAGGAGUUUUUUAGGCGCUCCAAAAUUGCCCUAUUCGAUAAGAUGUGGACUUACAUGCGGAGCGCAGAGCCCUCUGUGUUCGUGAAAACCACAGCAGAGGGGGUGCUGCGGGUGCGCAAGUCCAAGGGCAAAUAUGCCUAUCUGCUGGAGUCCACCAUGAACGAGUACAUCGAGCAGCGGAAGCCGUGCGACACCAUGAAGGUUGGCGGCAACCUGGACUCCAAAGGCUAUGGGAUCGCCACGCCCAAAGGAUCCUCAUUAAGAACGCCAGUAAACCUUGCGGUAUUGAAACUCAGUGAGCAAGGCGUCUUAGACAAGCUGAAAAACAAAUGGUGGUACGAUAAAGGUGAAUGUGGAGCCAAGGACUCGGGAAGUAAGGAGAAGACGAGCGCCCUCAGUCUGAGCAACGUGGCAGGUGUUUUCUACAUUCUGGUCGGCGGACUUGGUUUGGCCAUGCUGGUGGCCUUGAUUGAGUUCUGUUACAAGUCCAGAGCCGAGGCGAAACGAAUGAAGGUGACCUUCACGGAUGCGAUGAGGAGCAAAGCGAGGCUGUCUAUAACGGGGAGUACUGGGGAGAAUGGCCGUGUGAUGACUCCAGAGUUUCCAAAAGCAGUGCAUGCGGUACCUUACGUUAGACCUGGCAUGGGAAUGAACGUCAGCUUGACAGAUCUCUCCUGAUCGAUAAGAACCUUUUGAGUGCCUUACAAUGGUUUCAAUAGAGCGGUUUUCGUCUUUUCCCCUUGUCCCUCUCUCUUCACGCUUUCUUUCUCUCCAUUUUAGUUGAAUGGGUCAAGGGGCCUCACAUUAUGGUGUCAUGAAGACGUUUCCUUCUUCUCGCUCUCUAUUUCUCACUUAACAAAAGACUUUCCCUCUCGAUGGAAUUUCAUCUUGGAAAACAAAGGGAGGCCUUUUUUUUGUAACCAGGUGACAUCAUAAUUUCCUAUCUCUGAGUAUGUUGGACACAUAGGAGGCUUGAUUGACUGUAACAGCUGCUCAUGGGAGUUCUGUCAUCUCAACUGGGAGGGGGGGGGGGGGGUCAUUGUUGAGACAACACGUCUGUUUCUGUAGCCACCACCGCCGACCCCGGAUCCUUCAAGCACACUUGACUUCAUCAUCGAGAUGUGAAAGGUCCAUUUUUUUUUUUAAAGAAAAUUGAAAAACUAUAUGAAAACAUAUUUGUAUGUAUUUUCACAAAAAUGGCUUUUAAAUAAAACUGCUUACAUACUGGUUGAAUAUAAAGAGAUUAAUGUGUGAGUAUAUUGAAAUAAAAAAAUGCUUAACAGCUUGUAGUUCGAUAUUUUUAAAGCCAAAUAUGUUGUUUAUGGGGGUUGGAAUGUUUAAAUCAUGUAAUUUAUUACUAUUCUAAGCUUUCCUAUAUAUCUUAUUCUUUAACAUUUGGUGUUGAUAUAAAAUACUUAGCAAUGCUUGACAUUUGAAAUCAAUCCUUUUCCUAUGUUUUUACUUGUUCAAGUGGGUGUCACAAUUUUUGUUUAAUGUUAUUUGUUUGCUUUAAAGUAUUUUGCUGUUUGUAUUUCUUUCUGUCAAGGAUCAGGAUAGCAGUCCACUUUUUAAAGGAAAAAGCAGUUUACACUCCAUGACACUCUACAACUGUGUUAAUGCAUAUGUUUUGAUAUGAGAGGAACAUAAACAUACGUAUAGAUGGUCGAAAUGGUCGUUUAAAAAUGCCAAAUAAGUAAGAGUGCCAAAAUGUUGUGCCAGUAGGUAUGAAUAUAGUAGUCCUAAUAUAAUCAGACACUGUCCUUAAGUGAAUGUAGUCAAUACAUUUUGUACGUUUUGUAACUAGGUGUACAGCUUUAUGGCUAAGACAGUGAUAUUUCAACCACUUUUUUUAAGUUUUCAAGUUAACGCCACAUACUUUGCAUUAACCUGAGUGUAAAAUAGCAUCAGUUGCAUGUCGUUGCCUCAAAUCCAUCUAAUUUAAUUUAUUUUUGCCUUUAAAAUGAUGACUAUUGCCAAUGUGCAUUUCCAUUUUAAUGUUGAAGUUGUGAGACUAAAUGCUUGAGAUUGGAAAUAGGAAAGUAGACAUAAUAUAUAUAUAUAUUUUAUAAUAAUAAUAAUAAUAAUAUUAUGACAAGUAUGAAUAAUAUCUUCUAAAACGUUACAAUCCCUCACCAGUUUAUUUUUUACAUGCAGUACCUAUUCAUGCGUGUCAUUUGACGGUGACGGAUUUUCAAUGUUAGUUAUUCAUAGUAGUUUUUUUUGGAUACAACGCAUCCCCCAGUAGCAUUAUUAGGUAGGAGCUUUGAAACAGCUUUUACAGACACGCACCUCUGAUUUAGGCACACACGGAAGGUUUCAGAAAGACCAUUGUUACUUUUGUAUUUGAAUAACCUGACCUAACAUGCGAUCACGUCCUCUCACAUAUGUAAAGGGAGGCACACAAUGUACUAUUGGUAUCACUGUUGCUUUUUUUUGGGUUAUGAACAAUACAACAGGAAGUUAUCUAAUCACCCUCAUCAUCGCAUAUCCAGACUUCUCUCACUGACAUUUUGUAUAUGGAAUGUGUGCUAACUUGUUUAUUUUUGGGAUUCUUUCUAAAUAAAAGUGGCUUUCCCUUGUUAUCA